AGGUAAAGGUAUAUGCUGGUGUUCCACAAGCGGAGAGGAAAGAAGAGACCGACCACGAGGAAGAGGAAGGAAGAGUUUCCAUUUAUUUGUAUUGUUUUUAUUUAUUUAUUCCUUCUGACUCGUCCAUAGGAAGAGAAGCCGCCUGAUGUUGUCGGAGGGCAGACAGACGCCGGUAGCGGCUCAGCAGGACUCGUGCCCGCGCAGCGUCCUGAUCGACAACAGUCGUCGGCACCGGACCGCGUUCACGCGGGAGCAGCUGUCCCGGCUGGAGCAGGAGUACGGGAAGGAGAGUUACGUGUCCAGACCUCGGCGGUGUGAACUGGCCACGGCGCUCAACUUACCGGAGACAACGAUAAAGGUGUGGUUUCAGAACAGGAGGAUGAAGGACAAACGUCAGAGACACUCCUUGCCGUGGCCUCACCCUCUGGUCGACCCUCUGGGUGCACUCUUGUUGGGCCGCGCUUCUCCUUCCACCACCUUGCCGUACCCCUUCAUCCCGCCCCACCUUCCUCACCUCCCCCUCCACCACUACUCCCCCCUCGCUCUCGCCUCGCCAGCAUCCACAGCUCACAGUCCCUACUCUGCUCCCAUGAGGUCCCUGGAUGCAUUCCGCCUUUCCCAGUACCACAGCAGGCCAAGGGGACUUCCACAAGCCACAGCAGCCCUCUACCCCUCCGCCAGCAUCGUGCACCAUCCAGCCUCAUGCCCCUGUCCGCUCUGUCGUCACUGGGGACAAGAACAGCUCCUCAAAGCCAGAGGGGAGGCGCUGGGACUGAGCCAGGCUCGGAGUACCAAGGCCAACAUGGAGCCUGCUGGUGUGGAGUGACGAGGAGAGACGAUUUAAUUCCACACAGAAACACGGUCAUUGAACUUAGAUCAGAUACACGGCUGCAAUAUGACAGUACACUCACUGUGACUUCACGCGAUGCUAUCGACUGUACAAGGAGGAGCUACGUGCUCAUAUGUAGCAGACACAGCUCAUAAGCUCCUCAUAACAGGAACAGGAAACACGCAAGUUAAAUGAAUUCAUGAGUAGAAUUGGUUAUUUUUGCACACACACCAGUUAGUGAUAGUGAAUCUGUCAACCCAUCCUUAUUGAACACUGGUAGUGAACACACACGAGCCGUGCGCAGCAGCAGUGAGCAGCACUUAUCUGCGCCCGGGAAGCAAUGGGGGAUUGGAUGCCUUGCUCAGCGGAAAUUUGGAUUGAACCAGUGGCCUUUCAGUUUGCACACAGUGCAUAUACUGUGCAUAUACUGCACGUCAUUCCAGGCCCAUGCCUUCCCUCUUGGCCGUGGGCUGUUUUGUCCAGCACACAGUGUUGCUAUUUGGAAGUAAGCGGUUAUUCACAUGCAGCAUCUAAACAUGCUUGAAAAUGCAUAAGCAAGGCCUUUGCAGGGUUGCAUUUCUGUCCUGUCCAUUGUUACCAAGCAACCGAAACCUGGGAGCUGCUGAGACGAUGGACAUUGCUGCAGCUUCACUUCCCAAAAAUCACAAGAUGAUGGAUCACCAGCGCUGCUUUCCUCUCACUCCAGCUCUGCUGCUUGAUACAUGUGUGAAGAAAGAAGCCCAAAAAAGUCGGACUGUACGUGUACAUGCUGCACUACAGGUAGAACAGUAAAGAAUACAUGCAUAGAAUACCAGACUUGUAUUCAUGGUAUUAACCCAACUGUACCAAUGGUCUGAGUGAUCAGUGUCUUUUCUCUUCAUGAAGCAUUGUAGCAUUGUAGUGUGACAUCUGUCCAUUAUGUAUGUCAUUAUGUCAUUGGGGCCAUAAGUGCUUUAAAUGCAGUCCGAACAGACCUUAUAGGAAUCCUGAGGUUCAAAUAAAAGACCAAAAACAUU